ACAGUGGAGCUUCGGACAUUGAUUCCUAAAGGCUUUGAAGUAAUUGGAGCGCUUGCUUACGGAGCCGACGCCGACGCUCAAGCGGCAGUUUAUGCUGCUCGCAGACUGAGGAAGCUUCUAUACGGUGAAGAGGAAGGGGAUAAUCGACCGGUGAUCGGAGCUGUCGCCGCCGGUUCCGGCGAGCUGAAAUUUUUCGUGUCGGAGAGUGGAAAAUCGAAUAGCCUCGAAGAGGUUGAUUCAGUUGUUGAAGAAGAACAUUCGGAGAAGUAUGUGUGGGAGAAUGGUUGCUUGGUUCGUUGUGAGCUUCCGAUCAAGUUGCCAGUAUAUUAUCCUCUCAAGAAUACGAGUGAUGUUGAGAAAGCAUUUGUGAGGGCAAUUGAGGCUGUUGUUGCUAAGUUAAGAGAUUCACAGGCUGUGUACAUGUUAGAGGCAUUAAACAAGACCUCUAUGGAUCUACCUGCACCCAUUGUAAUUCGUGGUGGGCAUUUAGACUUUCGUGCAGACCUCUCCAACAUCUGGCCUUUGGCUGAGGGUGGUGAUAAUUUUGAUGUGAACUCUCUACCGUGUUCAUACUUUUCUGUCAUCAGUAAAGGAUCGUCAGGAUUUUCUGUGGAGAAUGCAGAUACCAUCCAAGUUAGUGUUCUCUUUAACAGCUUAGGGCCAUCAUCAGCGUCUGCUGUGCCUGUUGCAGAGUACAUUCCAGCCCAGGAUGAAGCCAGGCUCCUUGUUGUGGAUAUUAAACUAGAUGUACUCUGCUAUGCUUCUAAGAAGCUCCCCUUGAGGCAUGCAGUUUCAAGAUUAAUCAUCCCUGGUUUAGCUGAUCAGUUAAAUGCAUUGCAGAAUUCAAUGUUGCCUAACCUUUUGGGACAACACCCUCAGAUAAAACCUUAUCACUUCAGUCCUCCUCAUGUUCUGCAUCCAAUUACUGUUUUCUAUGAACUGAGUUUCGGGGAGACAGAAAUGAAGCAAGUUGAAGUUAGGAGAUCCUUACACACAAGGUUGGGAUUACCUUUUGAUCGACCCCUUCUGAGAAUCGCUAACGCCUUGGAUUUUUCAAAAUUGAAAAAUGGUGGUCUUGGCUCUCAACAAAAGGGUUCAACUUUACUCAGGGAUGUACACAUUGGGAUUCCAAACAGUGGGGUUUCUGGGGGAAGUGUUUCUCUUGUUCAAGGUUCCUAUGAAUACUUUCAUUAUCUUCAGGAUGGUUUUAAUGAUUCGGGAUGGGGUUGUGCUUAUCGCUCUCUCCAGACUAUCAUUUCAUGGUUCAGACUCCAAAACUACUCAUCUAUAGAGGUUCCUUCUCAUAGAGAAAUACAGCAGUCACUUGUGGAGAUUGGUGAUAAAGAUCCUUCUUUCGUUGGGACACGUGAUUGGAUUGGUGCCAUUGAGUUGAGCUUUGUUUUGGACAAACUUCUUGGCGUCACAUGCAAAGUGAUCAACGUUAGAUCCGGAGCUGAGCUUCCAGAAAAAUGUCGAGAGCUAGCAUUGCACUUUGAGACCCAAGGAACACCAAUUAUGAUUGGUGGUGGUGUACUUGCAUAUACACUCUUGGGAGUGGAUUACAAUGAAGCAAGUGGAGAUUGUGCGUUUUUAAUACUCGAUCCACACUAUACAGGCACAGAUGAUCUGAAAAAGAUCGUUAAUGGUGGAUGGUGUGGGUGGAAGAAAGCUGUCGAUAGCAAAGGAAAGAAUUUCUUCUUGCAUGAUAAGUUUUAUAAUCUCCUUCUACCACAGAGGCCCAACAUGGUUUGAUAGGAUCAUUUUCAUGGAGGGUAACAGUUCCUAGUUUGUACCAAUUUUUUUGCAAUGGAAUGGUAGUUUUUCAUGGUUGGAAUUUGAUAGUUCAAUUAAUUAGUUGACUCACUUUUGGGUUGGUGUUUGUAACUGGCAUUCUGCGACUGAAGUCUAUUAUAUAGGAUUUACCGCUGUUAUCUAUUUGAGUUACUUGGACAAGUAAAUGAUGCGAGCAAAGGGUAUUCCAAGAUAAUUAGAGUAUUAUUUUAUCAUUUUAUUAACUUUUUUACUUUAGAGGAAUUUGAUCCUCCAACUAUAAUAGUUAUAAUAGUUAAUUUUUGUAAUAAUGAUUCUUUUAAAGUUUUGUAGUUUAAUAUAUUAGUGCUUUGACUGCUUU